GAGCCCUAUCCCAAAGGAGUGAUCCCACUGUCUGUGAUUGAAAUGGCUCGUUCCACCAAGGACAACAAGUUCCAGGUCAUCACCAGCCAUCGGAUCUUUGUCUUCCGUGCUGAGAACGAGGCCCAGAGGAAUGAGUGGUGCUCCACGCUGCAGAAGAAGGUGAUGGAGCAGCGCCUGGUGGGGUCCCGGCCCCGGCCUGCCAACACUGCCCACUGCCAGAAGUCAGGAACCCUGGAGCUCAAGGGCCACAAGUCCAAGGUUUUCGCAGCCCUGAGCCUGCCUGAGAUGUGGCUGUACAAGAGCGAGCAGUUCUUCAAGAUGGGCAUCGCCAUGUUCUUCAUAGAGAUGCGCGGCUCCACCAUCCGCGAGGCCAAGAGCCGCAGCUUCGAGCUCAUCACCCCCUCCAAAACAUUCAGCUUCGUGGCCGAGUCGGAGCGGGAGAAGCGGGAGUGGAUGGAGGCGCUGCAGGAGGCCAUCGCCGAGAUGCUCUACGACUACGAGGUGGCAGAGAAGAUCUGGUCCAACAAAGCCAACAAAUACUGUGCUGACUGCUGGGCUCAGAGUCCUGACUGGGCGUCCAUCAACCUGUGCGUGGUCAUCUGCAAGCAGUGUGCAGGGCAGCACCGCAGCCUGGGCUCCAACAUUUCCAAGGUGCAAAGCCUGAAGCUGGACACCAGCGUCUGGUCCAAUGAAAUCGUGCAGCUCUUCAUCGUGCUGGGAAAUGACCGAGCCAACCGGUUCUGGGCCGCCCGGCUCCCCUCCAGCGAGGCCAUCACCCCGGAGAGCGGCGCCGAGCAGAGACGGGAAUUCAUCGCCCGCAAGUACCGGGAGGGCCGGUACCGCCUGCCCCACCCUCACUACGGCACUCAGGAGGAGGUGCUGCAGGCGCUGUGCUCUGCAGUGGCAGGACCAGCCCUGCUCAAGACCAUCCUGCAGUUCUUCUCAUCCUCGGAGGCUGCUCUGGCCUCUGACCCUGCUGCCAGCGAGGCGGCACCGGGGGCCGACCUCUGGUGGGGACCAGAGAGCAAAAGGCCCAGGAACCUUUCAGGGAGCCCCCGCACACAGGACCCGGGUCCCGAGGGUGUGUACAACGAGAUCACCCAGCCAGUGACGCACAGCGGGUACCUGUACCGGGCCACGGCCCCCCCAAAGCUCCCAGGGGCCAGGAAGAGCAAAGAGGACUUCCAGCGCACGUGGUGCUCCCUGGAGAGAGCCCUGCUCUUCUUCGAGACUGAGAAAUGCACUGAGCCCCUUGGCCACAUUGACUGCGGGGAUCUCCUCUCCCUGGGGGUCAACAGAGCCCACCAGGCACUCACCAGCCCUGGGACCACUGAAAGGUUUCGCUUCACCCUUGAGCUCUUCCUCACUGGGGAAAAAGUGCAGCAGCUGGGAACUGAUGGGCCCGAAACACUGCAGGCCUGGGCCAGCGCCAUCGGCAAGUGGUUCACCCCCGUGAGCUGCCACUGCCUGCUGGGCUACGAGUUCCAGCGCGUGGGGCAGCUGCGCUACAAGUGCAUGCUGAACCCCGAGCGCUGGCAGAGGGCCUUCUUCAUCCUGCAGAAGAGCCACCUCUUCAUCUGCCCCGCCGAGGAGGACGGGGCCGAGGACAGCAUCAACCUGCGGCGGCUGCAGGAGCUCAGUCUGGUUCCCCCCACGGACACCCCGGAGAAGAAGGAGCUGCUGGUCCUGGUGGAGAUGGGGAGGACAUUUUACCUGCAGGGCUUGUCGCGGGCAGACUCGGCAGCGUGGUACAGUGACAUCCAGGCCUCGGCAGGGGGCCGGGGCAACGCUCUGAGGGACCAGCAGCUGAGCAGGGCAGACAUCCCCAUCAUUGUGGACUCCUGCAUCGCCUUCAUCACCCAGUACGGGCUGCGGCACGAGGGGAUUUACCGCAAGAACGGCGCCAAGUCCCGCAUCAAGGUACUGAUGGAGGAGUUCCGGCGGGACGCCCGCAACGUCAAGCUGCGCAUCAGCGACAACUUCAUCGAGGAUGUCACUGACGUGCUCAAGAGGUUCUUCAGGGAGCUGGAAGAUCCCAUCUUCACCCUGGAGCUGCACCCGCAGUGGAAGGAGGCUGCAGAGAUCUCCUCGAAGCCGCAGCGCUUGGAGCAGUACAAGGAGCUCAUCCAUCGCCUGCCUCGCCUCAACCACAAGACCCUGGCUGCGCUCAUCGGGCACCUCUACCGGGUGCAGAAAUGUGCAGACCUCAACCAGAUGAGCACCAAGAACCUGUCGCUGCUCUUCGCACCCAGCCUCUUCCAGACCGACGGCAAAGGGGAGCACGAGGUCAAGGUGAUGGAGGAUCUCAUUGACAACUAUGUCAGCAUCUUCAAUAUUGAUGAGGAUCAGGUAUCCCAGAUGGAUCUGGAGAACAGCCUGAUCACCACCUGGAAGGACACCCAGCUCUCCCAGGCAGGAGACCUCAUCAUCGAGGUGUACCUGGAGCAGAAAGUGUCCGACUGCUGCGUCACCCUGAAGGUGUCCCCCACCAUGACCGCAGAGGAGCUGACCAACCAGGUGCUGGAGAUGCGCAACGUGCCCGCCAGCCUGGACAUCUGGCUGACCUUCGAGGCUCUGGAGAACGGGGAGCUGGAGCGGCCCCUGCACCCCAAGGAGAAGGUGCUGGAGCAGGCCUUGCAGUGGUGCAAGCUCCCGGAGCCCAGCUCUGCGUACCUGCUGGUGAGGAAGGUGCCCAUCGGCGAGGGCGGCUGUCUCUUCACAGGUGCCAAGCGUGAGACCCCCAAGUGUGGGCUGCUCAAGUGCCGGGAGGAGCCCCCCAAGCUGCUGGGGAACAAGUUCCAGGAGCGCUACUUCGUCAUCCAGGACAGGAGGCUGCUGCUGCUCAAGGAGAAGAGGAGUGCCAAGCCAGAGCGUGAGUGGCCCCUGGACGCUGCCAAGGUUUACAUGGGCAUUAGGAAGAAGCUGAAGCCACCAGCUCAGUGGGGUUUCACACUGACCCUGGACAAGCAGCAGCUGUACCUGGUGUGCUCAGGGCAGGCUGAGCUGUGGGAGUGGUGCUGCGCCGCCGCUCCUCCUCCGACCUGGCCAAGCAGAAAUUCGGGACGAUGCCGCUGGUGCCCCUGCACGGGGACAGCACUGAUGCCACCAUGCUGUCUGCCAACCAGACCCUGCGCCGCCUGCACACGCGAAGGACUUUGUCCAUGUUCUUUCCCAUGAAGGUCCACCAGGACUCCCUGGAGGAGCAGCAGGAGAAGGAGGCAGACACUGAUCCUGUCUAUGAGGAAGUGGGGAACUUCCCCGAGCUGGCGGCGCUGGACCUGGGGCAGGGGCUGCUGGCAGAGCUGGCAGCCGUGCCCCGCGUGGACAGGUCCAAGAAGCCAUCGCCGUUCCCUGAGGAGCCCCCAGGCACCGCCCUGCGCUCCUCACUGCCUGCCAGCCCAGCCCAGAGGGUGACGGGGCCCUCUGUCACCAAAGCCGUGUCCCUCGAAAGGGGCUUGAACCUGGAGAGCAGCAAAGCCCCGAGCCCGGGGCUCAGACCCACCAAAACGUCCUCUCUGGAGAGGAACAUGGAGCCUUCCCUGGCUCUGGGCAGGGACUGGGAGCAGGCAGCCACACCGGGGAGCAGCCCCACCACAGAGACCUCCCUGGAGCUGCUCAGGAAGAGGAGCCUGCAGCCUCCCUCUCCCAUCAGUGACAAACUGAUGCAGGAGCUCAGCAGUGUCAUCCUCAGAAAGAGCGAUGGCCAACCCCCGGGUCCAGGCCAGCCGGUGACGUGACCCGCUGUGCCAAGGGGGUGGCCACCAACCCGGGGUCAAGCUGUGCCCGGUGGCAGCGAUGAUGGGUACCCCAUGGCAGAGAGGAUGGGUACCCCACACUCCCACAUCGUGGAACCCCCACCCUGCUCCUCCUCCUCAUCCCAGAGCCAGGCUGGGAUCAGGACCGAAGGGACAAGUGGUGACCAGGAUGUUGGGCCGUGGUACCUCCUCAGGGAGGGCUGGGACUGCUGCCACCCACUGUGCCCUUGCCCAUGGGUGGCACGUCUGUCAUGGAGCCCAGCACUGAGGGACACAAGUAAAGGGGGAAACAAAGCAGGAACAUGGUGCCCACAUGUUUGGCAGCACCGUGCCAGGCAGGGGGCAUGGGGUGCCUGCCAGCAUGGGGGCACACAGCGUGUCCCCUCCAGCUCUGGGCCUGCAGGGCAGGGCCAGGACACCCAAGCCAUCUCCCUUUCCCUGCUUGCAUCC